AAAGUUGUUAUCAACUGCCACGCAUGGCAAAUAGCGAACAUUUAUUUGACAUACAAAAGGCGAGAGGGUUUAUGUAAAGGAUUAAUAUUAAGUAUUGCCCACAUCCCUCGUGACAUCAAUGGGAUCUACGUUUCAAUGGAAAAAAAGUGUGAAGUUGUGUUCAGUCAAGUUGGAACACUCAGUUUUGCGACAAUAUGCAUGCAUGAACACUUCCAUAUGGGAUUUACAAUUGCAUGAUAAGUGCAAAUAUUUUUAGGUUAUGUGAUAUGGUUAAGAACAAAUUAAUCAUAGGUUACAUUAGUGAAAUAACAUUUCAACAUCGAGCACAAAGUAUUAACGUAUCCAGAGCAGUGAAGAUACACGUUUUAUAAUAAAUUUGAAUUAAAGUACACACAAAUUCCACUGAAGGAUAACAAAAAAAUGCUUUCAUAAUGCUAUAAUUCGUGUAUAUCAUUGAUUUUUUAAGUUGUACCUUGAAUAGUAACGAGAAAGCAUUAGAUGGACACUAGGUUAAACAAGAGAUCUUAAAGAACGCUGACGAACCAGAGAUGGAUUUUGACGACCAUACCCAAAAUACAGUUCCCGCUUAUGGCAAUGAUGAUGGAGUUAUAACAAAAAAGAAAGUCACGAUAGACAACAACAAUGACAUCAAGUUUAUUAACGUUGAAAAUGAAGACGAACCAUCGAACAAACGGGGCACAUUUAUUACCAAUCUUGAAAUAACCGGAUGGCCUUGGCGCAUAGCGGGAUGCGUAUUUCUGAUUGGCGUCCUCUUUCACGUGAUCUCAUUCGGCACUCCUGAUUGGAUGAUCACGUUAAACGCCAACGGCGAUGAUGUCAUGCACGUUGGAAUCUGGACAUCGUGCGUGUUAAUUAGCACGUGCGAAUUCAGGAGCGAGACUACGGUUUGCUUGAACGCUACCCGAACAUUCGGUGGUAUUGGUGUCGUCUGCUGCCUCGUGGUCGUCCUGCUACUAAUCUGCUACAUCUACAACUACAACCUCCCGCGUCGACGAUGCAUCAACGUCGCCGUUGUAACCAACUGCUUUGUAGCGGCACUCGCGACUCAAAUCGCAACGGCCACGUUCUGGCGAUCCGGUGCCUGCAAUUAUAAUGACGCAACCGGCUACGUCACUACGCGAUGGGCGUGGUCGAUAGCGCUGUCGUUCACUUCCGUUUUAUUGCUGGUGGCCGCCGGACUGGCGUUUCUGGUCAUAGAGCUGAUUGCCAUCUCUCGGGAGACGGCCAGAGGUGGUCAGCCUUGGAAGGGACGCGGCUGUCACAUCACUUGAGGAUCCAAUGCUCUUUUGUACAUAUGCGUGCUGUUUUGUGCGUUACAUAUUUGACGAAUCUUGAAAUUUACAAGUUAUUAUUUUAUAUAUUAUGUGUAUAGUAUUUGUAUUUAUUUACAGUCAUAGAUUAAACAUUGCAGAGUUAGUCUGCUUUUUAAACGAAAAAGAUAAGUCGUGACAUUUUACAUUUUCGUGUUCAAAUCGAAAAUCGUUUGUGUUAUGUAUAGAAUAUGUGAUGCAUUUGCAGUUGAAUGAUCGUUUUAUUUGUGUUCAAAAUUUGUCUUUGAGUGUUUAAUAUGUUAGGCAACUGAUGUGGUUCGAAGUUCAAUGUACUUAGUAAUAGAACACAAUCACCCAUACAUAAUGCAAACAUCCGAUUACCAUGCGUUCAACAAACAUACGUGCUUGUAAAUGAUUAUUGUGGGGUUUUGUAUGAAACAGUCUACAAAUCGAAACGGAAAUAAUAUUAUUUAAAUCGAGUUUUCACAUUUCAAACGACCUAAAAGUGAAAUAUAGUAUGUACGAUAUCUAUGGAUCAUGCAUAUCAUUUUGUACAGAAUGUGUACUCAUCAGUUAAUAAUUCACGAACUACUGCUUUAUGAUGUCCGUUAGUGAUAACGUAUUUACAUUGUGUUGAAUUCAUGUGUAGUUUCUUAUAUUUUUGACU